GGUGGUUUGGUGGAGGCACAGAUGACUUUUUCGGUCACAUGCACCGUCCUGCAGCGCUUUCUGGAUAACGCGGCUGAAGAUGCCCAAAGGGUCCUGAUCAAGGCAUUGGAGGCGGAAGAGAAAAAAGAGAUGGAUGCUACUGGAGAAACUUCGUCUGGUUUAUUUCAAGAUCGGGAUGUUAAACUCCCUGGUAUGUCCGAGGAGGAUGUUGAAGAGCUAAAGGCUUCCCUUGAAACAGGGAACCUUUCAGAAGCAGCUCAAAAAGCACAGGAGGCCCUGGAGCUGUCAAAAAACACUGAGCUCAACAUCGCCAUCACGGGGGAGUCGGGAGCUGGGAAAUCGUCCUUCAUCAAUGCCAUGCUGGGCUUAGCCGACGAUGACGAAGGAGCAGCAGAGGUUGGCAUCACAGAAAUGACAACAGAGCCAACCGCUUAUCUGCAUCCCAUGCUCUCCAAUGUGAAGAUGUGGGACAUGCCUGGGAUUGGGACUCCAAGUUUCCGGCCUGACACCUACUUUCAGCAGGUCAGCUUUGCCCGCUAUGACUUCUUCAUCAUUAUCAUGUCGAAGCGCUUCACAUCCCGUAAUGCAGACCUAGCCCAGGAGAUCCAGAAGAUGGGGAAGAAGUUCUACUUCGUGCGUGCCAAAGUGGAUGAGGACUUGAGAAAUGAAAGUAGAAAAAGAAACUACGACCAGGAGACAACCUUGCAGACUACUCGAGACGAGUGUGUGGAGAGGCUGAGGAGAGAAGGGGUGAGUUCCCCGCAGGUUUUCCUCAUUUCCAGGUGGGACUUCGACCAGUACGAUUUUCCCCAACUGCGGAAAACUCUGGCCAACGAACUGGACUCCCACAAGAGACACAUUUUCCUCUUGGCGCUUCCCAACAUCUCAGGGCCAAUCCUGGAUAAGAAAAAAGAAGCCCUGAAGAGCCAGAUCUGGAAACGAGCUCUGAAGUCAUGCGCCAUCGCGGCUGUUCCCAUCCCCCACCUCUCUGUCUCAUGUGACAUUGACAUCCUGGUGGAAUCCAUGACCGAGUACUGCAAAGUCUUCGGUUUGGAUGAAGAAUCCCUCGUUAAACUCUCCAAACAGGUCAGGAAACCCGUGUCUCGGUUGAAGGAUGUGAUCAAGACCCCGUUGGCCAAGGAAAUAUUAAGAGAAGUUGCUUUGGAGCUGCUGAGCAUGGUUUCAGGUAGUGCAAUGAGCCCAAUUCUCAGUGUAUAUUAUAUAUCGUUUAAGCCUACUAUUUUUUUCGGGGAGCAACGCUACAAGGAGAUGUGUGAAACUGCGAUAAAAAUUAAAAAGUACAUAAGCCUCCUACCAGUGUUGGGAACCGUCAUAGCCACACAGAUCUCAUUCCUAGCUACAUACAACGCCCUGCAUUCCUUUCUGGAAGUCGUUGCUGAGGAUGCCCACCGGGUGCUCACCGAGGCUCUGGAGGUGGCAGAGAAAAAGUCAGUUUAGUGGCACAGGGGAGGAUGGUCUUGCAGUCGGAGUGUUGGAGUGUGACUCAGGGACAUCAGUUGUGUUCCUAGCUCUACCAAAGCCUGCCUGUGUGAGCUUUAUCACAUCUAGUCAUCUCUGUGCCUUAGUUUCCCCUGCCUACAACACGAGAAUAAUAUUUUGUGCACUUAGACUGUAAACUGGUUGGGGCAGAAACUGUGUCUCCCUCUGUGUCUGUGCAGCACCUGGCGCAAUAGGGCCCUGAUCUGGGUCGGGGUUGUAGAGAUAAUGUUUGUUGAGGAUUAUAAUUUAGAGACGCUCCCACAUAAUGGACUGUAUUAUGAAUGCAGGAAUUUAGUGAUGCGCCCUGGAAGCUGGGUUGAGAACCCAGUACAGCUGUGCACAGCAGUUCAGAAUCACUGCAGAAUCUCUAGUUUGUUUUAUUAAAAGCUGUAUUCUCAUGUGUCACGGACUCACAGGACUUGUGCUCUCUCAACUCUGUAUGGUCCCUCGGGGGACCCUCCUUCAGUGUGACGGCCCUACUCGGGGGUGCCCCCUCUCUUGGGGGUUAAGCCCUGGGCUCCAGCGCCUCCUAGAACUGCACCUCUCUGAGCCCCCAGCACUCCUGGUUCUGCGUGGGCCCCCUCAGGGAGUCCCCUCGCU